AUGGGGAGGUGUGAUGACCGCGGCGGCGGCCUCUUGCCUAGCGAGGCCCCACUGCGCGUUCUCGCCGCUGGGGGAAAUUUGACUCUCUUUCGUGCACCUGCCCGUAAGGAUGAAUUUGAGAAGUGGGCACGUGCCAUACCAAGGGCCGACAAGCCACUGCAAGAGAAUUCUGCAGUUUGCGAAAGGCAUCUUGACCCAAGAGGCUGCGCUCACUUUUUAUUAUGUUUUUGCAGGUUUAUCAUGAGACACUACGUGCACGUUGUGGAUGGAAAGGAGGUCGACAUACCACGCGAUGUGCCUGCCCUUAGGGAGAGUGCUAUCCCAACAAUUUUCGCGAACCUUCCAAAGUACAUGACGAGAACUCUGCCAAAAGAGGAAGAGGAGAACAGGACAGUGCUUUUCCAUGCCUGCAAAGAAGAGCCGCGAAGGCAUUGA